CGCGCCGCGCUCUCCCGUCGCCUUAGGGACACCCGGCUGCCCAGAGUCUUGGGGUCUGCCGCGCCCUCCUUCCUCGGUCCCCUCUGGCCCAUGGGUCUCCAUGGUGACGGCGGGGGCCCGGCCGGGGGGCGGGCAGCCCGAGCGGGGCCGCGGCGCUCAGGGGGCCUCCGCGGUGGCGUCGCCGUGUUCGCCGCUGUGGCCGCCGUGUUCACCCUCACGCUGCCCCCCUCGGUGCCGGGGGGCGACUCGGGGGAACUGAUCACAGCCGCACAUGAGCUUGGAGUUGCCCAUCCUCCUGGCUAUCCUUUGUUCACUCUGGUGGCUAAAUUGGCAAUUAUACUCUUUCCUUUUGGUUCGGUUGCCUACCGAGUCAAUCUUCUGUGUGGCUUAUUUGGAGCAGUAGCUGCAGCAUUACUUUUUUUCACCGUUUUCAGGCUUUCUGGCUCAUAUGCUGGAGGAAUCCUUGCUGCGGGGGUGUUUUCAUUUUCUCGUCUAACAUGGCAGUGGUCCAUUGCAGCAGAGGUUUUUAGCUUAAACAAUCUGUUUGUGGGGCUGCUUAUGGCUCUCACUGUACAUUUUGAGGAGGCAACAACUGCGCAAGAAAGAUCAAAGAUAGCUAAAAUUGGUGCUUUCUGCUGUGGCCUUAGCUUAUGUAAUCAGCACACAGUAGUAGUCUAUGUUUUGUGCAUAAUACCAUGGAUUCUCUUUCGACUUUUAAAAGAGAAGGAACUCUCCCUGGGCUCUUUGUUGAAGUUGAGUCUGUACCUCUCUGCUGGUUUGCUGCCCUAUAUCUACCUUCCUAUCUCAUCCUACCUCCAUCAAGCCCGUUGGACCUGGGGAGACCAGACAACAUUGCUAGGAUUUUUGACACAUUUUCUCAGAGAAGAAUAUGGAACAUUCAGUCUGGCCAAAUCUGAAAUAGGAUCCAGUAUGUCUGAAAUAUUGCUUUCUCAGGUGACAAAUAUGAGGACCCAACUCUCACUCAACAUUCAAGCCCUUGCAGUUUGGGCAAAUAUAUGUUUAGUAAGAAAGGACAGACAGAACUCAUCAUUAGUAUGGCUUUUUACUGGAAUGUUUUGCAUUUAUUCAUUGUUCUUUGCUUGGAGGGCAAAUUUAGAUAUUUCAAAACCACUUUUCAUGGGUGUGGUGGAACGAUUCUGGAUGCAGAGCAAUGCAGUGGUGGCUGUCCUCGCUGGCAUCGGUUUGGCUGCACUUGUUUCUGAGAGUAACCGAGUACUGAACACCAAUGGGCUUCAGUGUCUGGAAUGGCUUUCAGCAACUCUUUUUGUAAUUUACCAAAUAUAUUCUAAUUAUAGCAUUUGUGACCAAAGGACCAACUAUGUGAUCGAUAAGUUUGCAAAGAAUCUUCUAGCCUCUAUGCCUCAUGAUGCAAUUAUCUUACUCAGAGGAGAUCUGCCAGGGAAUUCUCUCCGUUACAUGCAUUAUUGUGAGGGACUGAGGCCAGAUAUUUCAUUAGUGGAUCAGGAAAUGAUGACUUACGAGUGGUAUUUACCCAAGAUGGCAAAGCAUUUACCAGGCGUCAAAUUUCCUGGGAACCGUUGGAAUCCUGUGGAAGGAAUAUUACCUAGUGGAAUGGUCACAUUUAAUCUUUAUCAUUUUCUUGAAGUAAAUAAACUAAAAGAAACAUUUGUUUGCAUAGGAAUUCAUGAAGGCGACCCAACCUGGAAAAAGAACUAUUCACUUUGGCCAUGGGGUUCUUGUGACAAAUUAGUUUCUUCGGAGAUUGUAUUCAACCCUGAGGAGUGGAUUAAACUUACGAGAAACAUCUAUAACUGGACUGAAGACUAUGGAAGGUUUGCUCCAUCUUCCUGGGAAUCUGUGGCCAAUGAAGAGAUGUGGCAAGCCAGGAUGAAAACACCAUUCUUCAUCUUUAACCUGGCAGAAACUGCAAGUUUGCCUUCAAAUGUGAAAGCUCAACUCUACACUCACGCGUAUAACCUUUAUAAAGAGAUUGUGUAUUUACGAAAGGAACAUCCAGUGAACUGGCAUAAGAACUAUGCCAUCGCCUGUGAACGGAUGCUGCGCCUUCGGGAAAGAGGUGCAGACCCUGAAGUCUUGUUAUCUGAAACCAUCAGACACUUCCGUCUCUACACUCAGAAGGCCCAGAAUGAUCCACAGCUGGCUGAUAUUUCAGUUGCUCUAAAACACCUAAGAAAAGAACUGCAAAGUCUGAGAAAUAUGAAAAAUGGCUGAGACAGCAAACUGUGAAAAACCUGCUUGGCGUUUGGCUUCCAAAAUUCCAAAAUCUAAAAGUUUUUCAUCCAAGAAAAGAAACAGCAUUAAAAAAAUGGAAGCCUAAGUCAUCUCGCAGAUAUAAGUACAUGGUGCAGCCGUACCGUUUCGGAGGGGGGGCGGUUAGAGACUGAGAUGUGCUAUUCAUGCAAAUUCUAUUUAGCCCAUGUUACUGAAUUAGCAUUUCAGCGAGAAUAUUUUGAAAAAUCUUCCUACUUCCACAGUCUUUCACCAAAUGAGUUGCUUGAUUAGAUUCUAGAAGAGAAUGAACUGUUUUCAUAUACUUAAAAUAUUGACCAUGAAUCUUAAGGGCCUUGCUUAUUGGGAUUGGUAUUGAAAUUAAAUUCUUAAAACAUUAAUACCAUACCAAAGACAUUCUUUGUUUCCAAGAAGUGAAAUCACUUUUUUUUUUUAAGAAUGAAUCUUGUUAUGCUUCAAGUUAGAAUACUGGUUUUUUGUUUGUUGUUUUUUUUUUUUUUUUUUUUGAGUAGCUGUGGUUGUUACAUAAUCUCACACUUCAAACUAAAUGCCAACCAAAUGAUAUUUUGAAAAGGUUGGGGUUUUAUUGUCUUAAAUCAUUCUCUGAAAUCACUAAAAAAUUAAGCUAAUUGUUGUUUGCUUUUUUUUCAGUUGCUUAAACUGAUUGGCAAGUAAAAAAGGAUUUUGUCUUUCCUUAAUUAAUUUUAUAUUCAUGUUUUACUUCUAUUUGGACUCAUAAAUCUGGGCCCAAUAAUUAGUCCUGCUGCCAAAAUGCCAAAAAAAAAAAAAAAAAAGAAAGGGCAGGGGCUCGGGGGGUGUGGGGAAGUGGUUCAAUAAAUUCAUUUCUGUUACAAGCAUCUUUUAUACAUAUUACUAAAGAGAACAUAGUAAGAAAUGCAAAUAAUAGUUCUUUAUUUUAUUAUGACAGUUAAUUAAUAGCAACCUGUUUUAAUGAAUAAAGUCACUCAGAGUCCUUCAGCACUUCCUAAGUAGAGGCCUGAAUCUGUAGGGAUUCUUUUCCCCGCAAUUGUAUAGCUCCUAGACUCCAAGAACUACUAUAUAGGCCCCUGUAUAGAAAUGCUCACUAAUGAAGAGGGAGGGCUAGAAGCUUGUCUGCAUUCAAAGAUCACUGGUGAGUCAUUCAGCAAGAAAAGGCCCCUUACCAGGAAUAGUCACAGUUCCGUGGCAUUGUACUAGCAAAAGGGUCUGAUCAAAGGUCUCCUGUGGAGCUUGCAUGGUUCCCUUUCAUACUACGACCAUAAUUAAAACCACUAAUUCUCUUUUAAAAUGCUGCAGGAUGCCAUGUAGGCAUCUGUCUGGAGUGUCCUUUGUGAUGUCAUAAGCUGUUAAGGACCAGUGCCGAGGGCUUUUGAGUGAAAUGCCAGUCAUGAAGGUGCUUCAAGACAAGGGUGCCUCUAAAAGCUUGACAGGGCCUUGACUGCACAAUUCGAGCUGAAUUUGCCCCUUGUCAGCUGCCAGUAAAUAAAUCUCAAAGGGGGAAAAGCUGAAGUUUCAUUACCUGAUCCAUGGGGCUUUGUUGGUUUUGGCAUCACACAGGGGAAGCUCUUGCCCCUCCAUUCUCUGGAUUUGAAGAUGUCCAUUGGAGCCUGCAGUGCCUGGACGGGGUUCAGAGCGGAACCUUUUGAAGAGUGUCAAUAGUUGUAACAGUUCAGCUGUUAGGAAGACAAAUAAAUGGAGGAGCUCAUUAAUCCGCUUUUGGCUCUCAGUGCCUUUUGCCCUUUUAUCACAGCCUUAUUAGGCUCCUACUCAUCUUGAACCAGAAAAAAAUGAAUUGAAGUUGUUGAGUACUAAUUGGCAAAGACUUUUAAUCAUGGGCCAAGAACUUUCACUGACUUGAAAGUAACUUCUCCACAGGGAAGGACCAAAAACCUGGUUUACCUUAAAACAAAAACCUGUUGGAGUGCAGUGUGGUGUAAAAAUUUAAGGAAGCAUUGAUAAAUUGGCUAAGUUGAUCCAUUUGAAAGAAUUAUGUAAGAUUAUGAUUUCCACUUUUCUUUAAAAAGAGUACAAUAAAAUUCGUAUAUGCAUUCCCUGGAAACGCAUUGUCUUUAUUAUUUCAGAAAAGAGAUUGCAUGCAUACGUGAGAUGAUCAUAUUGGUUUUGAACAUCUACAUAUUGUAUAUGGAAUAAUAUGUAAAUAUUCACUUCACCAUCUACAUACACAUCUGGUGUUGGAGUAAUAUUUCCUAUUUAUGGCCUUAAGAAUGGAAAAUGAGGGCCUCUUUUUGAAAAUAUCUGCAUUUUAAAUGUGUCUAUAAUGUGGUACUACAUAUAUGCCUGAAUAUGCUUUGCAUAUUGACUGUUGUCUGAUGGUGCAUAGAUUAUUCUGUAUUUGUGCAUCAGUGGCUUUGGACCACUCUCUGUUUGAGAAAGCAAUGAUAUGAUGGCCCACAGUACACAGGAUCAUAAUCAUUGAAAUUUCCAAAAACCGGCAGUGAAUGAAAAAAGAGCAAACUGAGCUGAGAUUUUUGGGAUGUUGGGCUUCAUUCCCAGAUCAACUACUUUGAAGAAUUCUUUCCUUUCUACUGUGUGAGGUUAAACAAGUUGCUUUCUUUUUCUUUCUCUUACUUCUCCUUGGCUAGUACACAAACACCAUAAAAUCUGACAGAAGGGGUAUCCUUUAGUCUAACCCCCGACGUGGAAGAGAAUGUGAAGCAGGUGACUUCUGCAGGUUUUGGCUGGCAUUCUCCUAGCAGUGUCCCUGGAGUGCUGUGGGUUGGCAGGAUGACAGGAACCCUGCAAGGCCAAGUUCUGCCUGGACUUUGGCCUGAGGAGCAAGUGGGAGCCAGCAAAACUGUCUGCUUCUCCACAUGCUGUGGUGCCCUCCUGCCCGGCACCGAGGCUGGCACACACCAGAGAGUGAGUGGAGAGGGAGAUUGUGGCUUCCAUGUUCCCUAACAAACCUCCCCAGCCCUGUUCCCGCUGAUGGAGGUAUGCUUGCUUCUUGCUAUUGACUUUCCUCUUUUCUUUGU